GACGCCUCAGCGCAUUCUUCCUGCCGCAUCCAUCGCUGGCCUGCAGCACAGCCUACCUAUACAGCCCCCCUACCUGCCGCCCCUGGCCCUUCCACAAGGCACCCUCCAUGGCUGACAAUAAAGACGGCGGCGCGCGGAACACGCCAUCGCCUGGUCCUGGUCGACGACAACGGGCUCCCACCAUCACCAUCGACACUUCGGCUGUCAAUCCGAGCAACACGAACAUGGGAGACUCAGUACCUUUAGGUGAUCUCCAGGACAAUGGUUCAUCACAACAACACAAUGAGGAGAACACGGACGUGUCUCCGGCAACAAAGCAACCGCCGGCAGAGCUGCGCGGCGCAAGCUCCUUCGAAAGCCGGGAAAGUAGACCGACGUCGCCGCACAACGUCUCGUCGCCGACGGCGAACUGGAGCAAUUCCCACAACUUCCUCUCCGUCCCUGGCGCGCGGUCGCGAGGCAAUUCUUUGGACUCCGCUACCGACAACGGCGGAUCAGCGUCUAGCGGUACCUAUAUACCCUCUUCUCAAGGCGAGACUAUGAGACCGGAGAAUAACCCCAACGAUCUUCUAAAUGAUAAGGACGCGCUUCUCCCUGACCCGGGGACGGAGGCCGAUUUCGAAGUCGAAAAUAAUCCAUUUGCGUUUUCGCCAGGUCAACUGGCAAAAAUGUACAACCCUAAAAGUUUAGGGGCAUUCCAUGCUUUGGGUGGCUUGGACGGUUUGGAGAAGGGAUUGAGGAGUGAUCGGAGGGCUGGCUUAAGCGUCGACGAGCAGCGUUGCGACGGCACAGUAUCUUUCGACGAAGCAAUUACGCCAAAUACGACUCAAACUCCGCAUAAACCCCCGCCCGACCUCGAGCCGCGACGUACCGAGACAAAUCAUCGCGAACCUAGCAAAGAAGCCUUCGCCGAUAGGAAACGGGUUUAUAGCGACAACCGGUUACCUGUCCGCAAGCCAAAGAGCAUUCUCCAGCUGGCUUGGAUAGCAUACAACGACAAAGUCCUUAUCCUCCUUACCAUCGCCGCAGUUAUUUCACUCUCGCUCGGAAUAUAUGAGUCGAUUGGCAUCGCACACAAACCCGGAGAGCCCAGGGUGGAGUGGGUUGAGGGCGUCGCCAUUGUUGUUGCCAUUGUUAUCGUCGUCGUCGUGGGUGCUCUCAACGACUGGCAGAAGGAGCGCCAGUUCGUCAAGCUCAACAAGAAAAAAGAGGACCGCUACGUCAAAGUCAUCCGAUCAGGCAAAACACGCGAGCUCUCCGUCUACGAGGUACUCGUCGGAGAUGUUGUGAGCUUGGAACCCGGCGACAUGGUUCCUGUGGACGGCAUUCUGAUUCAGGGCCAUGGCGUCAAAUGCGACGAGUCGUCGGCUACUGGUGAAUCUGAUCUCCUGAAGAAGACUCCCGGCGACGACGUAUUCCGAGCGAUUGAGAACCAUGAGCCGCUGAAGAAAAUGGACCCCUUCAUCCUCUCAGGCGCCAAGGUGUCCGAGGGUGUAGGUACCUUCAUGGUCACUGCUACUGGAAUCCACUCGAGCUAUGGCAAGACGAUGAUGUCUCUGCGGGAAGAAGGCGAAGUUACUCCCCUGCAGUCGAAGCUGAACGUCUUGGCCACCUACAUCGCAAAGCUUGGUGGUGCCUCCGCUCUGCUGCUCUUUGUCGUACUCUUCAUCGAGUUCCUGGUGCACCUCCGCACUAGUAAUGCGACACCGGCCGAAAAGGGACAAAACUUCCUCAACAUCCUGAUUGUCGCCAUUACCGUUGUUGUCGUAGCCGUUCCAGAAGGCCUCCCUCUCGCUGUUACCCUGGCAUUAGCUUUUGCUACCACUCGCAUGUUGAAGGACAACAAUCUGGUACGAGUGCUGCGAUCUUGCGAAACCAUGGGAAAUGCGACGACAGUCUGCUCUGACAAGACUGGAACUCUGACCCAGAACAAGAUGACGGUUGUCUCUGGCACUCUGGGCACUGCGCUUCGGUUCGGAGACAAAAAGCUCAAAGCCUCUGUAGCUUCAUCCCCAUUAGACGAUGGCUCCAAAGGGAAGCAAAACGCAGACUCCCCAGUGGAAAGCUCCGACGAUGUCUCGCCCUCCGAGUUCGUUUCUACGCUGAGUAAAGACGUGAAAACGCUGUUGGAACAAUCAAUCGUGCAGAACACUACAGCUUUCGAGGACGAAGAAGGUGGGCUAGAUCCUUUCAUUGGAUCCAAAACAGAAACUGCUCUCCUCGGAUUUGCUCGUAGCUACCUGGGCAUGGGCUCUCUUUCGACAGAGCGUUCGAAUGCCAACAUCGUCCAGGUCGUUCCCUUCGACUCCGCUAUCAAGUGUUCUGGCGCGGUUGCGAAGCUCGAUGACGGCCGGUACAGGUUGUACGUCAAGGGCGCGUCAGAAAUACUUCUUGGAAAGUGCGAGAGGAUUGUGCAAGACGCUGAGAAAGAGCUUGUGGACACUCCACUCACCGGAGAAAAGCGCGAGACAUUGGAACAGAUCAUCACCACUUACGCCUCGCGUUCCCUACGAACCAUCGCUCUCGUCUACCGCGAUUUCGAGAGCUGGCCGCCCAGAGAAUCCCGCAAGUACGAGGACGAUCCCACCCAGGCUAUCUUUGAGGACGUCUUCACGAAGAUGGUAUUCCUCGCUGUCGUCGGUAUUCAAGAUCCACUCCGAGAUAAUGUGCAAGACGCUGUCAAAGACUGCCAACAUGCUGGUGUCUUCGUACGUAUGGUGACAGGUGACAACGUCCUGACCGCCAAAGCGAUCGCGGAGGAGUGCGGUAUCCUUGUCCCAGGUGGCGUUGUCAUGGAAGGCCCUACCUUUCGAAAGCUCUCGAAACGGGAUAUGGACGCCGUGAUCCCCAAGCUUUGCGUCCUCGCCCGGUCGAGCCCUGAAGAUAAACGGAAGCUCGUCAAGCGACUGAAAGAGUUAGGAGAGACGGUUGCUGUCACAGGCGAUGGUACCAACGAUGCGCCCGCUCUUAAAACCGCCGAUGUCGGCUUCUCCAUGGGUAUUGCCGGUACUGAAGUUGCAAAAGAGGCCUCCGCUAUCAUCCUGAUGGACGACAACUUUGCGUCAAUUGUGAAGGCUCUUCUUUGGGGUCGAGCUGUCAACGACGCCGUCAAGAAGUUCCUGCAGUUCCAGAUCACCGUCAACAUCACUGCCGUCGCCCUCACGUUCAUCACUGCGGUGUCCAGCGAGGACCAGGCAUCUGUCCUCACUGCCGUCCAACUUCUCUGGGUCAAUCUCAUUAUGGACACGUUUGCUGCCCUCGCCCUUGCCACCGACCCUCCGACUCGGAGUCUCCUCGAUCGACCACCCGAGCCAAAGUCAGCAUCUCUGAUCACAUUAACCAUGUGGAAGAUGAUCAUUGGCCAAGCCAUAUAUCAGCUCACGGUGACACUUAUUCUCUAUUUCGCCGGCGAAUCGAUCUUGUCAUACGACACCGACGAAGAGAAGGAGAAAUUGUCGAGCCUGGUCUUCAAUACCUUCGUCUGGAUGCAGAUUUUUAAGAUGAUCAAUAGUCGUCGCUUGGACAACCGGCUCAACAUCUUCGAAGGCAUCCUUCACAACUACUUCUUCAUCAUGAUCUUCUGCAUUAUGGUAGCUGGCCAGACUAUGAUCAUCUUUAUCGGUGGCCGAGCAUUCUCCGUUCAGAGGCUCAAUGGAGCACAAUGGGCAUACUCGAUCGUUCUGGGAGCGCUGUCUAUCCCUAUUGGCAUAAUCAUCAGGCUGGUUCCAGACGAACUCAUCAGGCGGUGCAUUCCCAACUUUAUGAGGAGGAAACGAACACCUGAGCUGGUUGUGUCUGACGAAUAUAAUUGGAACCAGGGUCUACUUGAGAUCCGCGAUGAACUCGCUUUCAUCAAGAAGGUUCGUGGAGGACGUCUCAGCAACCUCAAGUUCAAGGUCCAGCACCCACGCGAGAUCUUCUCCCGGUCACGGUCCAGCCACUCAUUGCCCGGAACUCCUAACAACGGUCCGAACCAUGAUGCUGAGAGUUCGCCUGCACCGCCAACACCAGACUCGCGGAGUCGCCGUCGCACCAGGUCUCGAUCAAACUCCGCCUUCGGACCAGCGACCGUAAUGGCUGGUCUUGUGGCGGGCAGUGUAGCGGGAUGGUCACCCAUCGAUAGGAUGAACGGCGACAACGAUUCGUUGAAAUUCGCUCGGAAUAGGAGCAAGUCCGACCUGGAAGCGCAAGACGGUAUCGAGCUACAUCCCGACACGAAGUCGACUGAUCCAAUUCUCGUCCCGGAUCCACAUGAGUAUCGCGGUCCGCCAAGUCAGAAUACGGAGACGACGCCCAACUUCAACGUCGGGCCCUUCUCCGGCGACCCUAAGCUGGAGGACAAGCCGAAGCCAUCCGGGUCAUGAGACGGGCUCUCUUCUGCACGUGCUCCUAUUCACUCUUCCCUAUACACUCGGCUCUAAUAUUUCCUUGUGUCAGCCCUGGGCUUGGAGGCCCAUUUCCUUUUGUUUCCCGCCUCUUGUACAUUUUCAUGGUUGUUCGGCAACAGCAUUGCAUCGGCGUACUAGGAGUUGGUCACACAAACAGAACAGAGUCAGACGGCGGUAGCAUUUCUUUUCCAUUACCUGUCCGGAUAAUACUGCGGCUUUACUACUUGUAUAGCUAUCACUCCGUCUCCUCUGGCUCUCACGGCCAUACAACUGUUCUCAAGAUCCUGGCGCAUUGAUGGAGCAAAGCCCGCUCGUUUGUAUUAUUGCAUCUCCUUGU